AUGGCUGUGGAAAAUGGCUCUUCAGUGACUGAGUUCAUCCUGGUAGGAAUCACAGACCAGCCUCAACUCCAACUGCCCUUCUUCCUCCUCUUCUUGUUGAACUAUAUGGUCACCGUGGUAGGAAAUUUUUGCCUAAUUAAUCUAAUAUGUCUCAACUCCCACCUUCACACACCCAUGUACUUUUUCAUCCUCAACCUGUCCUUCAUAGACCUGUGCCAUGCUUUCAUCAUUACCCCUAAGAUGCUGAUGAGCUUCGUGUUAGAGAUGAACAUCAUCUCUUUUGCAGAAUGCAUGACUCAGCUGUUCUUUUUCUGUUUCUUCGUCUAUGCUGAGUGCUAUGUCCUGACAGCCAUGGCCUAUGACCGCUAUGUGGCCAUCUGCAAGCCCCUCGUGUACACAGUCACCAUGUCCCCUCAGGUCUGUGUUCUGCUGAUAUCUGGUUCAUAUAUGCUGGGACUUGUUUGCGCCACAAUCCACACAGGGGACAUGGUCAGACUGACUUUUUGUGACGCCAACAUCAUCAACCAUUACAUGUGUGACAUCUUCCCCCUCCAGCAGCUCUCCUGCAGCAGCACCUAUGUCAAUGAGCUGGUGGACUCCACUCUGGUGAACACAACAGCAAUAAUGUCCACCCUCAUUAUUUUCAUUUCUUAUGCUCUGAUCCUCUCCAAUAUCCUCCACAUGUCAUCCUCUCAGGGCUGGUCCAAAGCCUUCAGCACCUGCAGUUCCCACAUCAUGACUGUUGCCAUUUUCUAUGGUUCUGGGAUGUUCACACAUCUCAAGACCUCUUCUGAUGGCUCCUUGGGCCAGGGGAGGUUUUUCUCAGUAGUUUACACCAACAUAGUGCCCAUGUUGAACCCCUUCAUCUAUAGUCUAAGGAACAAAGAUGUCAAACUUGCUCUGAAGAAAACCAUGAAGAGAACUGCAAACUAA